AUGAAUCGUGGUCAAGACGAAAGAGAGGAAAGACGUGAUAACGAUUGGGGUACUUGGCUCAGGUACGGGGCGGCAGCAUUGGGCGCUGGAUUAGUAGCCGGCGGUGUUUACAUAGCAGUGAAAUCUAACAAAAAACAGGGUGAAAGUGAUACAGCCGAAAGUAGUCAGGUCGGGAACAAUAGUAACUUCAUACCUAGCGCUCUUACGGACAUCAUACAAGGCAUAACUAAUAUGAACAAAAACGAGGACACCGUCUCGAGGCACUGUAUACCCAGGGUACCAUGCAUCACCAACCUGAACUCCUUACUAGCUGACAUUUACGUACGAUACAUCGCUAUAAAACGGGAAGACUUUGACUUGCAUUUCAGAGUGUUCUCCGAAAUUUUUAAAACAUUGCACGGUAAUAUGAAAGCCGUCGACAAAUAUUACGAGAGAUACGCCAGCAAUAUCCAAUUUGCUGGAAGUCAUUAUGAUAAUCUUCGUAUUAAGAAACCCGAUGAGUUCGAUAUGGAUAUAGUGAUCGGGUUGCCCGUCAGUCUCCACGUGAACGGAGUCAACCCUGAGGAUAGCGACAUCGCGAUCGAACAAAGAUUCCCAGCAUAUGUGCAGCUGAAGGCUGGCACUCAGUAUCAGAAUAUACUGAUAAGAGACGGAGCAGACGCCGUCAUCAACAGGGCGGCCCACAGUUGGAUGGAUGAUAAGAAAUACAUCCUGCGCUCUAAAUUCACGGACUGGUUUAAAGGUGUCGGGAAUAAGGCGCUCAACUUGCUCCCACAGUAUCAAAAUAGACCGAGUGUCGUAGUAGACGGACGGAGGUACACGGUGAGGACGUCGACCUCAGGCCCGGCGUGGACUAUCAUCAUGGAGGCGCCGGGCUUCCGCCUGGACGUGGAUCUGGUGCCAGCCUUCAAGUUCCCGGAGGCUCGCUGGCCAGUCGGCAGACAGUACCGAGACAUCCCUGUGGCCUGUCGCCGGGACUACUGGCUUGUUGUACCCAAACCCAACAAGAAUGGUGACUGUGCUAACGAUGAGCAGCGAUCGUGGAGACUAGCACUCCAUGACCAAGAGAAGCAGCUCAUGCACAACACAUACAACCUGAGGAAUACUAUAAGACUGAUAAAGAAAUUCAGGGAUGAACAAGGAAUGAAAAAAAUUGCCAGUUAUUAUAUCAAGACACUUUUCUUCUGGGAAAUACUUCAAGCAGACAAAGAUUUCUGGAAAAAAAAUGAUGUUGCAACCCUUUUUGAGCACAUGCUUCUAAAGUUCAAAAUGGCUCUGGACAAUGGAGAGAUAAAAUAUUUCUGGAACGGAAACUAUAAUUUAAUUGGACACAUACAUAACAAUGUUCUUAAAGAAUAUUCUGUUAAAGUAUCAAACCUGUUGGCCGUUAUGAAAAGUGAUUACAAGAGUGUCGCUAAGUAUCUUCUAAGUAAUACUGAGUACAAUGAAUACAAACACUUUUUAUAA